AUGUGUGGUGAAAAACAAUCUAUAAAAAGACAUUACGGACUUGGAAAUGGUCUAGAAUGUAGGAAACAUGUACAGAAAUUGAAUGGCAUUAGGGGUGAACUUGAUGAAUGUAAAAGUUCACAAAGUAUAAGCACUGGGGAUGAAGAGAGCGAGAACGAAAAUAAUACAACAAUAGCACCAAAAAUUACUGCCUCAGUUCAAAAUAAACAAAGUAAAUGGUCAGAUUUUGUGGAGAAUACUGCUGAAAACUUAGAAGUACCAAAUAAUGAUGAUAAAAUGUAUCUUAACCAUACAGAAGUGGUUUUAGAAAUGCCCAAAAAACGCCGAAAAAUAUUAGGUAAAAGGAGUAUUAAAAAUGAAAAUAAUAGAACAUGUUCUAACACUAGUGACCUUGUAGAAUCAAAUGAGAAUGACAUGCUCACCGAACUACCAAAACAUGAACCAUGUCCAAGUUUCUCUAGAAUGCAGGAAAGUAAUGUUAUGAAAAGAACCUUUACACCACCAAUAAAAAAUAAUAACUCUCCGACAAAAAUUGAAACUCCGUUUAAUACUAAAUGGAAUGAACUUGAUAAUGAAUCAGACAAAAGUACUUUCAAGACAGAACAACCUCUUAGCCAAACAAAUAAUGUGAUGAAAAUUAAAUAUAAACCACCAGCAAUUAAUAAAAACUCUAAAUGGGCAAAGUUUGCCGAAGAUAGUGAUCAUGAAGAAAAUGACGUAGAGACUCCUGUAAAUACUCAAAGCGAUCCUAAAACGUUAUUCUCAUUAUGUGACGAUAAUGAUCUUGAUGAAUAUCUUACAAUUUAA